AUGGCCAGCGAAGCAGCAGCCCAAGUUCAACUCAAAAACUUCGAGUCCAUCUUCUCCCUCGAAGGCAAAGUCGCCGUCGUAACGGGUGGCUCUCGCGGUCUGGGAUUGCAUGUCGCGAGCGGUUUCCUCCAAGCGGGCGCAUCGAAAGUCUAUAUCUCAUCACGCAAAGCGUCAGCAUGCGAUGAAGCUGUUGCUGCGCUCAAUGCGCUCCCCAACAAGAGGCCGGGUGCACAAGCUAUCGCUGUCCCAGCGGAUGGCUCCAAGAUGGCCGAAUUAGAUCGAUUGGUUGCCGAAGUGUCCAAGACAACCGAUCAUGUUGAUAUCUUGUUCGCAAAUGCCGGUGCGACUUGGGGAGCCCCAUACGAUGAAUAUCCCGAGAAUGCGUUUAGUAAGGUGAUGGAUUUGAAUGUUAAGGGCGUUUUUUAUACUAUUCAGAAGUUCACUCCACUACUCGAGAAAAAAGCUACACUCGAAGACCCCUCACGAGUCAUCAUCACCGCCUCCGUAGCCGGCAUCGGUAUCGGCACCGUCGGCCCUCACGGAACAUAUGCAUAUUCCGCCUCCAAAGCCGCAGCAAUCAGUUUAACAAAGACUCUAGCCGUCGAAUUGGGACCACGACACAUCUUGACAAACGCCGUUGCACCCGGUUUCUAUCCAUCCAAAAUGGCGAAUGGAUUGAUGGAAUUGGCUGGUGGAGUGGAGAAGCUGGCGGCAGAGUCGCCGAAUGGACGUGUCGGUCAUCCGGAGGAUAUUGCAGGGUUAGUAGUCUUCUUGUCUAGUCGCGCCGCAUUGCAUAUUAACGGGGAUGUUAUUACAACGGAUGGUGGGAGGUUGUUGGGCGGUUAUAAACUGUAA